CAAGGCCUCUACGCUCCCAGGGCAGCUCUUUCUCCGUUGCCCGCUUUAUUCCCAUCUCUCUCCUUGAUGAUUCCCUCGUUUUCACCCAUCUACUAUCAUCCCCGACAUCAAGGCCCAGUCGUUGGUAUCCUCUCUCUCAGUCUCAAACCAUGAGUCUCUUUGGGAUUGGAAGGAACCAGAGAACAUUCCGCCCUAAAAAAAGUGCCCCUUCAGGGAGUAAGGGAGCACAAUUAAGAAAGCACAUUGAUGCAACUUUAGGAAGUGGAAACUUAAGAGAAGCUGUAAGGCUCCCCCCUGGAGAGGACAUUAAUGAGUGGCUUGCUGUCAAUACGGUGGAUUUCUUCAACCAGGUUAAUCUGCUCUAUGGGACACUGACAGAGUUUUGCACACCUGAGAACUGCCCUACAAUGACAGCUGGCCCUAAGUAUGAGUAUAGGUGGGCAGAUGGCGUGCAGAUCAAGAAACCUAUUGAAGUUUCAGCACCAAAGUAUGUUGAGUAUUUGAUGGAUUGGAUUGAGGGCCAGUUGGAUGACGAAUCAAUUUUCCCUCAAAAGCUCGGUGCACCAUUUCCCGCCAACUUCAAGGAUGUUGUGAAGACGAUAUUUAAGCGGCUGUUUCGUGUAUAUGCUCAUAUCUAUCACACUCAUUUUCAGAAGAUUGUGAGUCUCAAGGAAGAGGCCCAUCUAAAUACUUGCUUCAAGCAUUUCAUACUUUUUACUCAUGAGUUUGGGCUUAUUGACAAGAAGGAGCUUGCUCCACUCCAAGAUCUUAUAGAAUCUAUCAUUCCACCUUUCUGAAGAUAUUAACCUUGUUAUGGUUUUGGAUUUUACCUUGCCUAGCUAGAUGGCACUACUCCGUGUCAUCAAAACAUCAUUGUUAAACAUGCUUGGGUUGUUUUGUCUCCGAAAUCAUAUUUAUGCACCCAUACGUUCUAUAACCACAAAGGACUGCUCAUUUGGUUUGGGGUUUGAUGUUUAUGAGGUAAUGUUUGCUGUAGACUCAAAUUGUACUUGUUCUUCGGGUCUUGGACAUUGUAGUUGAUUUCUGUGUAAUAAAAUAGAGAUCCUUUUUACACCUUAUGUUGCAAUGAAGUUUGUUUUGAAUGGUGGAAAAUAAAUUGUCAUUGAGAACUGUAUUUGUGCAGUAAUACUCUGAUUUUUUUGUCAUUAUGCACACAUGUGUGAAGUAUAUGUUUGUUAACCCUAAUUUAGUCCUCUUACCGAAUAAAAGGAGUAACCGG